AUGGUGAAAAAAACCCAAAACCCCCUUCCUCAGACCAAUGUCCAAGCAGCCAAAGGAAGAGAGGAAGCCUUUGUUGUAGGUGGUGGUCACCUUGAUAACCUCAACCAACCAGAAGAACCCCUUGAGGAAAAUAAUAAAGAAAACCCCAACGAUGAAGAUAACCAUGACGGGUACUAUGAGGACGGACGGGGAGGUGGUUAUGACGUGGAGGAGGAAGACACGGUUGAUCCAAACGACCAAGAUGAUCAAGAAAAUAUGGAGGAGGACCUUCCAAAAGAUCCUGAAGUAAUGCAACUAAGACAGAAAGUCUUAGACCAAGAAGCGAAGAUGGUUGAACAAAAAGAGGCCACACCAAAUGCAAGAGAGAUUGAUCCAGCUUCAAGCCCUCAUUGCAUCAAGAGGUCUUAA